CAGCAAAAACAACCAGAAAGUGGCCCUUUUGGUUGCGUCACUGCAGCUCGGCUUGUGGCCACCGCGGGCACCUGCCGGCUCGGGCUUGGGUGUCCCCAGAGCUGCCUUGUCUGCCUUUCCGUCCAUUAGAACAGGUCACAAUCCUUGACAGUCUGAGCCCGUCACUUGUACGGUCCGUUCUCGGUCCAUCCCUGUGCCUGCAAACGGCGAGACUUCGCUCUCGUCGUGGCCGAGCAGCACAUUCCAUUGUCCGCAUGCCUGCACCUUCCCUGUCAAUCUUCUUUUGAUGGAUCGACGGUAGAGCACAGCAAACUACUCUCCAGUGUAUGAUAACCUAUGUGGGGAGAGAAUCUGAAAAGGGACGGGCGUGUCUGUGUGUAGAGCUGCGCUACUUUGCCGUACGCCUGAAAUUAACACAACUUUGUAAGUCAACUAUUGUCCAAUGCGAUUAAAAAAAAAUCCUUAAAAGUAACAGAUCAGGAGGAACUCUGGUGUCACCGCACUCGGGGAGGUCCCCAGGCUCAGGCGUCUCUUAUCUCGUUUCCUUGGAUUUGCUGCAGUCACCUGCCUAAGCGUAGCCACCAUCUGUCAUUUCUCACAGAGGUCAUUUUACAAAAUCAUCCAGUGAAGUGCACUCAGGAAGCAAUACCACCUGCAGCUGAUCCCUUUCAAAGGAAGAACUAGCAGGAGAGGCUAAAGCAACAGAAAUGCCACUGUUAACAUUUCUUUUAAGUUUUUGUUUUUCACUUUCGACUGCUUUUUAUUUCCACGCAGGGGACCGUGAGGAGAAAUGCGUCAUAGAAGACAUUCCCAGUGACACGCUGGUGACAGGGACUUUCAAGAUACAACAAUGGGACAUAGGCAGACACGAUUUCCUUGAAUCUGCUCCUGGCUUGGGAAUGUUCGUGACAGUUACAACUUACAACGAUGAGGUAUUAUUAUCAAAGUUAUAUGGCCCCCAAGGAACAUUCUAUUUCACUUCACACUCACCUGGCGAACACAUCAUUUGCUUAGAAUCUAAUUCGACAAGGCUUGUGUCAUUUGGAGGGAGUAAGCUGCGGAUCCACUUAGACAUUCGCGUUGGAGAACAUGACCUUGAUGCAGCCAUUGCUCAAGCAAAGGACAAAGUUAAUGAAGUUAGCUUCAAGCUUGAACAUCUAAUCGAGCAAAUUGAGCAAAUAGUCAAAGAACAAAACUAUCAAAGGGACCGCGAAGAAAAAUUUCGAGUGACCAGUGAAGACACAAACAGCAAUGUCUUAUGGUGGGCUUCUGCGCAAACGCUGGUCCUUAUCUCCGUUGGAAUUUUCCAAAUGAAGUACCUUAGAGACUUCUUUAUAGCUAAGAAACUUGUUUAAAAUGUUAAUAAAGGCAAAUAACUGCCUCCUACAUUGCAUAAUGUCUGAGUUAAUAAAUCAAAAUAUAUCC